CACAGCGAGAUGUUCCACUGUGUCCCGCAGUGACCGCGGAUGAGGAGUGGAUGUGCGCGCGGCCCCUGAGGAUGGAGGUGGAGGUGGAGAGCUGCUGGCUGCUGCUGCUGCUCUGCUGCAUGGCGCUCCACAGCGAGGCCAUCGAGACGGUGAACGUGGUGGACUUCUGUGGUCAGAACAUCCGCGGUGACGGCAUGAUCGUCAACUCGCACCAGGAGUCCAAGAAGUACUACUUUGUUACCAUGGGGACGGACUGCCACCUCACCAUGCAGGCCAGCUCGCCCAAAGACAAGGUCCAGUUCCACUUCCGCUUCUUCCUGGUCUACAGUUUGCUACGAGUGGCCCCCCUGAGCCCAGCCCCUCUCUUUCCAGAGUCCCCUCGUGGCUCCGCCCCUUUCAACCCCAGACUGGAGCCCACCUCCGGGGAGAGUCUGGGGGACCCGUGUCAUGCGGGCUCAUACGUUCAGUUCUACGAUGGACGUGAUAGGAGGUCGCCUCCUCUCGGGCCUCCUCUCUGUGGAAAGAGCCCCCCCCGGCCAGUGCUCUCCACAGGAAACUACCUGACCCUGAGGCUGGUGACCCGCGGGACUCAGCCCAGAGUGGACUUCGUGGGGGACUUCACCUCCUUCAGACUGGGUUUUAACCAAUCAGAGUGCAGCAAUGAGCCCUAUUUCACCUGCAGAAAUGGGAAGUGUAUCCCUCUCAGUCUGGUGUGUGAUGAAAAAGGCAUUGACAACUGUGGGGAUGGAAGUGACCUGGAGGAGAACCUGACUACGGGCUGCAAAGCAGGUCAGCUUUUACCUCCUGAACCUCCACCGCCAAUAGCCACCCCCCACCCACCGUUUGUGAAGCCCCCCACAGCGCCGGUUCCUACACGCAUCAACUGUGGAGUGCCUGACAGCGCUCCCAGCCAUGAGUCUGUAACCGACUCCCCCGCCUCCCUGCCCCUGUUGGUUCUUUACAUUGUGCUGGGGGUGGCGGGGGGGGGCGUGGUGCUCUGCUGGUGCUGCUGGUCCCCCGGCUGGUUCCUGUGGCGCCUCAGCGUCUGCCGCUUCCUGCCCUGCUGCAACUCCGCCUGCGCCUCCUGCCAGCUCUGCGCCCGCAGCUGCACCCACAGCAAGGAGCACCGUCUGGCCAAGGUCACCCCACACACACCCGCCAACGGGACCCUGACGGGCACGGUCCCCACCAACAGUGCUGAUGAGAAUGUUACAGCAGCUGUUUAGAGCAGGAGGAUCAGGGUGCGUUCACUGAGACAUGGGGACAGCAUGCUGAAACUGAGCUGAGAUCAGUGAACAGAACACGAACAGUUACUGCAUCAGGCGGUGCAGCAUGACCUACCGUCUGUAGGGGGGGUGGGGGUCGGACUGACAGUGCUGAGCAGAGCUGAACUGUGCUUUGUGCGCUUUUAAUGUGAUGAUGACUGCUGUUAUGUUUCUGUGAGAAGGUAAAGCAGGGUACAGUGUGACUGUGGAUCCUGUAGAUCUGGAUCGAUAGAAUUAAGGGUUCUUAGAAUGACUUACAGUCCAUUAUAUACAGUUCAUAUAUAUGAAAGCAUAUUCUGUUUAAGAGAAUGCUUAAGAAGUUACACUGAAAAAACUGAAAGAUUUACUUUCAUUAAAUGUAUUAUGUAAAGACAUUUCAAAUAGCCAAAUUAGGUUAGCUGAAUUUAAUAUUUGUUAUUUAAACUUAAUAUUAUUGCUUUCAACUAACCUAAUAGUUAUUUGAAAUCUUUUGACAUACGACAUUUAAUUAAAGUCAACGUUUUAGUUUUUUCAGUGAAGAGAAAUGCAGCCUUAAUGGUUGUCCAGUUUUCAGAGGAGGCAAAGAAGAGUGUUAUGUUAUUAUUAGUGUUAUUAGUCAUAUGUUUCUUUGUAUAUACAUGUGUUGUUCUGCUCUGCAUUAGAGGUAAUAGUUUAGCCAUGCAGUGAAAGUACACUUCAAGUCCACAGCUUUGACCAAAAGGACACCAUGGACACAUGCUGAGGAGACGCAGACCUCCAGUUUCCCACCUGCAGACAACAGCUGUUCUCCCUGGGAGGAAUUCCUUCAGACAGUAUAAGCCAACAAGCCCAAAGUCAACCAGUGUAAAGCAGUCAGAAAUGUGUCGGAAAAAAACCCUUUGUGGUAUUUAAGUGUGAACUUCUAACAAGAUAUUGUGUGUACAAAAUAAACGUAUAGCAACGCA